UCUCCAGCCAGGAGCUGUCCUUCCCCGCCAGACUGCGCCCACUUGCUGCUCAGAACACCCGGAGGUCCUGAACGAUUGCUGUCUGACCUGCUGUCCCGACACUCUCUCCUCUCCCUCGGGAUCGUCCUCGGUCUCUGCAACCACACCCAACUCCUCUGCAAUCCCACCAUCGCAUUACUUCCCAAUUCAGUCUUUGCAAUGCUCGACUGUGAACGACCCUCUAGAUGGAGCACGGGGGGUACCUGCAACCAUAUCGAACAGCCGCUACGAAAUAUCAUCAACGGCAAUAACACCAACAGCAUUGGCAACUCCCACUCAGCAUUCCACUUUUUGACCAACACCAGCAACAACCAAGAGACAUCUCCAGAUGUAUCUCAAAUGAGUUCGUCGUCCGCAACACCAACGUCCUCCAUGUCGCUCUCUACAGGCAUGAUGGACGACGCUCAGAUUGACCAUAUGAUUCGUUGCCUCUGGACAGGAUGCACGGCCGAAUUCUUUUCGCAGGAUGAUCUUCUGCCGCAUGUAUCGCAGUUGCACAUGCCCAUGAUUGACAACGAUCAUGCACUCUGUCUUUGGGAAUCGUGUGCGACAGAGCAACAGGAUCCAGAUAAGCUGCUGCAGCAUCUGAGAGCAGACCACCACAUCGUGCCAGCAUCGACAGCCAUCUCGGAAGCAGAGAUCUUGCGUCCAGAACCAAGAGCAAGGGCAAUUACAACCGCAGAUCAGAGGCUCAACUCAUCACAUGAGGAACAGCACCGCUGCAGAUGGAAGGGAUGCACUAGGAUCUUUACCAACUUUGAUUCGCUUACCAGUCAUCUGAGCGAGGAUCAUAUCGGCAUGGGCAAGAGCGAGUACGUAUGCGAAUGGGAAGGCUGCGAACGUAACGGCAGAGGUUUCGGACAGAGACAAAAGGCAAUGCGACACAUCCAGACCCAUACGGGAGACAAACCCUAUCAAUGUCAACUCUGCAGGAAGAGGUUUUCGGAGGCCAACAUCAUGGCUCAGCAUAUGCGCACACAUACAGGAGAGAAGCCCUUCAAGUGCCCAGAGCCUGGAUGUGGUCGCGAAUUCUCGAUCUCAGGAGCAUUAACAAUUCACCGACGUGUCCAUACGGGCGAGAAGCCGUUCAAGUGCAAAUUUGAGGGUUGCGAUAAAUGGUUUGCAGAGUCGUCGAAUCUGACAAAACAUCUGCGCGUCCAUACGGGUGAGCGGCCCUUCCAAUGCCCGUUCCCCGGAUGUGAGAAGCGGUUCUCCAGACCUGACCAGGUGACGCGGCACAAGCGUACGCAUAAGACUGCAGCAGAGAAGGCGGCCGAAAAGAUGGCAGCGGAGACGUUGGCGAAGGGUUCUUCAGUAAAAUCUCAGAAGCGAACAGCAUCUUCAAUCCAAAGCGCUUCUUCUGACGAACUGGUUCAGGAACAGGAUAUGGAUAAUGGCCACCACUCUUCAACAGUGGACGACUAUGAAGUGUGGUCGUCGUCUGCAUCGCCUUCGUCGUCAAUGGACGAUCUUGACUCUACACCUCCAGGGCGCGCAUGGCAGCCGAACGGUAGCACUCGCAAGCGUGUAAGGACCUGAGAAAUUUGCUUUUGGGCGUUUUCUAUCGUUUGUGAACAUGUA